AUGCACGAAAACACUCCUCCUUUGAAGCUUUUGGUUUUCUAUUUUGGUAUAAAUUUAGAAAGUACUGAAAAUUGUCAUUUACCCUUCGUCAAUCCGCGAUUACGGCGAUUUCAAUUUAAACUUCGCCCUCUUUGUAAAAGGAUCGUUUGGGAACCAGACUUUAUUACAACAAAGUUGUACUGUACGUUAGCAGAAAGCAGCAAAUUAUCAGUUUUAGAUUGGGGUCAAGCCGUAAUUCGAAGGGGUCACAGAGUGCCUUACAAGAGGCAGCAGACGACAGAACUGGAGAAGGAGUUUGCUGUGAAUCAGUAUCCGGAACGGAAUCGCCGGCUGGCAAUCGCCAAAGCCCUCCGGCUCACCGAACGCCAGGUGAAAAUCUGGUUUCAGAACCGGCGGAUGAAGUGGAAGAAGGACCGGAUGAGACAGGGUCUCGCGAUAACGUCUGGCAUUCCGCCCAUCUCGACGCAGUCGCCCUAUCCAAUUUUCAAUGCUAUUGUCAACCUCUCGACGAAAGAGCAACAACCACCUGCACCGCUCGACCUGGCGCAAAGAUAAAAAAAUAUGUACCUUUAAAAAAAGUAAUUAUUAAUUAUGAUAAAAUGGUUUAAAAAUAAGAUAUAACAAAAAAAAGAGGUAUAAACGAAAAGUAGCCUUAUACGAGAUUUCACCUCAAAAUAUUUGAGUUAUGUGCUAAUGUUUUUUGUACAUAUUUUUGAACAUGUACAUUUAUUUAUAUUAUUAAGUAGAUUUUUUUUUUUUUUAAUCUUGAAGUAUUAUCGUUUCAAAGUUGACGUUUUAUUCUUUAAACUUUAGUUUUGUAUUAUUUAAGAUCUAAGGGAGCCAACUAAACAUAUUUUUACUUUUAAUUUAGGAUUGGCAUUUCUGUCUUUCUUUUAUUUUUUGUUUUGUUUUGAUUUUCAAAAAAUGCUGCAUUUCUAGAGUACAAAUUAUAACAGCAUGUUUUUCCUUUGUAAGGAAAAUCCUAGAAUAUCAAUUUAAACAGAAAAAACACUGCAGAAAUCAACCUUGCACCUUGACUUCAGGGGUGGAUUAUAUUAACUAUAAAUAAUAAAUUUAAAAAAAAAAUUGUUUUCUAAAUUAUGAAUCUGUGAUAAUUUAAAAAUAAUAAUUAAAUUUGUGUACAAAUUGGAAUAGAAAAUAUUAAAAAAAAAUAUAUAUAUGUGGUAAGCUAUGUAAUUCACUGGAUCAACAUUUCGUCAUUUUUACUGGGGAAAAAAUCCAACAAAAUUCGGGAUUUUCAUGUGGAAAAUUGGUAUUAAUAUCUGAUCUCAUUUAUGUUUGAAAGUAUUAAAAUUAUAAAAUUUAUGUUAAAACAUAUUGACAGGAUUAAUGUAUUUAACAAAUAAAAAUAAUUUGCACUUAUUGAGCCAUAUGCAUUGGCAUCGACAAGUUUUUAUAUAUAAUAUAAAGUAACAUAAAAGCAACGAAUAUCUAAUUGGCUUAUUUGUAUAUAAAGUAGUCUGUAUAUUUUUGUGUAGUUUCUAAUAUGAAGAAAAGUUGAAAUUUUGUGAUUUUUUUAAUUAGAGCAUUUGUUUAUAUAUAUAUUUCUUUUCUUAUUAUCAUUCAUGUUAUUUUUCUAUUAUUAUUUUAUUUAUUUUUUUAAAGAGAAGAUAAGUUAUUAGUUAGUACUUUCUCCCGAGUAGUACAAAAACAUUAAUAGAAGAGAAAAUAUUUAAAGAACUUUGAAACGAUUACUUCCAUAUCAAUCAACUUCCAAAGGUUUCUGCAUUUGUUUUAUUUUUUAUUUAUUUAUUAUGUCUUUGUUGUUUGUUUUUUGAAACAAUUAUUUCUCUGCUCCAGGCCCAAGAAGGAAAUGUCAGCCUAAAGUAAAGCUUAAAAGAUCGAUUGAUUAUAAACCACAAUUUUAUAAAUAAUCCGCCAUUGUGAUAGUUGUGACAGUUUACCUCUUUUGCUACGAUGGAAAUCUAUUUUACGAAGAUAAAAGUGUUUUGUCCCGUGAAUUUCUGGUGUAGUCAGGUCAAAAAUGUGCAAAGUACCUUGAAGUUCUGCAUGAGCUUUGUUAUUUCUCCCCCUUUUUUUCUAGGCCAACUGCCUUAGAUUGUAAAUAAUCUUUGUGAAAUGUCUAGAUUUUUCAUAGUGAAAAUACUCAUCUGGUUAAAGUUUGUCGAGUUUUAUUUAUUUUUUUUUUCAAACUUUUAAAUAGAAACAAUUCAGUUUUUCAGAAGAAUCUCAUAAAUUUUCAUGUUUAUUUUUUUCUCUUGCUAGAUUAUAAGUUUUUAAUUUAUAUAUAAUUUGUAUGUAGGGUUUAUACAUUCAAAUACAAAUAGAGUUUUUAGUUGUGCCAAUUUAAAUAUAAAUUAAUAUUUUUACAAAACAAACGCAGGCUGUUGUUACCUGUAUACGACCCGACCAUGUUUGUUGGGCUCUUUAAAAAUGUUUAGUUACUUUCAAUUAAAAGGAACGCAAAAUAAAAUAGAAAUACUCUUAUCCCCACGAUGUGUGUAAGUAAACAAGAUAUCAGUGCCUUUGAAUAACUGUAAUAAAAUAUUAUUUUAAAUGAGAACAGCUUUUGUAGUGUACGUGUAAUGAUAGCUUUAAAUAAUUUGUAGGGUAUUAGUUUAAACUUUUUGACCUGAAGUAUACCAAUCAAUUAUUAUUUUGUACAUAACAAUAGUCGAUAAUCAAACAAACAAAAAACAAUCAGGAAGUAAUCUCUUUUUUUAAGUAUAUAUGUUUAGGGAAAAAAAUUAUUAAUAUAUAUAUUUUGUCAUUUAUGUUUUGUUUUGCGAGCGGAAGACCUCAGUACCUGCUAAGAGUAGCAAGCGUAGUUGAUUUUUUUUCCAAAAAAAAAAAAUUCAAAUGAAGAGAAAAAAUACAAUAUGUUAAACAUUGUAUUUUAAUGCCUUAAUGCUUUUCUGUAAAUUGCUUAUUGUGUCGUAUAGGCUUGUUUUUAAUUGGACAUCAUAGAUGGCCGGACUAACAUAAAAACAAAAGUAGAUCAUUGUAAAUGAAAUUUUUUUUAAUUUAUAAGUAACGCCUUGUAUUAUAAUAAUAUUUUUAUAGUUAUCUAAAACACUUGACUAAACUUUAAAACAAAACAAAAAAAUGUGUAAAAUGGUUUGAUAUAUGGGAAAUUAAAUAAGAGUAUUACAAAAAAAAGUGUAAAUACUUAGUAGUCAAUUAAAAAGCUUUAUAUUUAUGAUAAUAUUACAUUAUAUUAUAUAUUAUACAUUCAAGGGAAAAAUAUUAUUUACUCAUAAAACUAGUACUAAAAGCUUUUUUAGAUGUAUCGUUUGAAAUUUAUGAAACAUCAAAAACUGUAGAUAAAUAAAAGGAAAAACAUGGGCUGCGAGCCCUAAAUUUUUUAUAGUAUUGUUAGUUUAUAAUUUGUUUUAUUUUUAUUUUUUUCCAGUUAGGAGCGUAUUUAUUUCUGUAUUUGUCUUUUUAAGGCUAAUUUAUUACCAUUGCAUCUGAUUUGAUUGAGAGGGAGAGGUAGAGAGAAAAAGUGAAUAUGAUUUAUUUGAAGCAAGGAUGAGGAAAAUGGAAAACUACAUGCUUUAUGUUGUAAUUAGAGAGAGAAAACAAAAUACAAAUUUUCUUUUUC